CAGGUUUUCCUGCAUGCGUCUGGCUCCUCCUCCCCUCUUCUCAACUGUAUAAGAGAACUACUGUUAACUCCACUCAGCCUAGAAACGCCUUGAUCCCAGCAAUCUGCUCUUUAUUUCUUCACUAGAUUUGCGCCACUAUGUCCUCAGGAGUGACUGCAGACUUGGAGCAGGAGCUGCAUGAUUUACUGCAAGAGUUCCAGGAUGUGGUGAAGGAGCUGCAAGCCCCCCCUCAAAGCAGCCUACACGCCUACAAGCACAUGCUGAUGGAGGCCAAGGGCCGCACCGCACUGGGGGACGACAGCGGGGUCGAAGACUCCGAUUACAGCAGUGAAGCAUCUUUAGGGAACAGUUUGAACACCAGCGAAGAGGAGCUGCACACAGCAGGCUUAACGCAACCACCAAAAGCCAAGCUGGGGGACACAAGAGAGCUGCAGAGCUUUAUUGAUGUGUUGGACCGGGAACUUGCUGAAAUGUAAAGAUCCCCAUCGACUGGCGAAGAAAACAGGCUGGCGGGGGGGCUACACGAGCAACUGCUGCCUAGCAGACAGACCGAUCUACACCAAAGAACAUUAAAGGAAAAAAGUCCUGUUCUCAACGCUUCAGGGGAAGAGGUUAAGAUUAGAAUUAAAAGGGUAUUUCGUCGGUUAAAGAAACGGCGCAAGAACCCCCCCGUCGACGCUGCGUCCUUGUCGACGAUACGAUGAGCCUGCAGCAUCGUCUUGAAGAUGUGUGACAUAUUCCCAAAUCUAGAUAAAACCUCCAUCUGUCUGACAGAAGAAGGCUGCCUGCAGUCCCCAGAAUAUGUUUAUGCCUCAUUUGAAAUUCCCAACAGUACUAAACCAGGAAAUCGCCUCGGAUCCUUUGGCAUGCUUUUUAAGGAUGCUUUGUGUAGCAAAACUAUACAGCACUUUAGUUUUAACUUGAAGUCCCUGCUGUGUAAUAUCAAAAUGUCAUUUAUAUUCUGUUGUUUUCACUGUACAGUUCCUGUUAUUGCUGUUUUCAUACCAAAUGUCAUGAAGGUGAAUGCAUGUAGUGUAUAAAUAAAGCGUCAUUUGGUAGGA